AUGGGCAUAUGUGGAGGAUAAGGGAGAAAGAAACUCUCAAAGCUAACUCUAGAAUAAACAAAGGAUUAAAUAGGAACCACUUUGAAUAAUGAGAAUCCAGGAUCCUCAAAAUAAUCCAGGUUCGUUAAAUAAUUAACAGAUUUCAAAGUUGAUCCGUCUAUAUUUGUUACAUUGAAGAAGGGAGAUCUAUAUAAUUUUUACAAAAUAGAUUAGCUAUUAGGAGAAGGCACUUAUGGUAAAGUGAGCCUAGUAACUUAGAAAGGAACGGGACUUUAAAGAGCAAUGAAAUAGAUUCGGAAGGAUAAAAUAGUAAUUGAAUAGAAGGAUAGCAUGGUCUAAGAAGUGUCCAUACUCAAAGAAUUAGAUCAUCCAAAUAUUGUUAAUAUUUACGAAUUAUACGAAGAUGAGACUUUUUAUUAUAUUAUCACAGAAUAUUUGAGUGGAGGUGAAUUAUUUGAGAAAAUCAAUCAGAUUGAUCAUUUCAAUGAAACCAUCGCAGCGGGAUACAUAAGAAAAAUUUUAGAAGCAGUUAACUAUUGUCAUACUCGCAAUAUUGUCCACAGAGAUCUAAAACCUGAAAAUAUUUUAUUUGAAUCUAAGAAAGCACACUCUAGUUUAAAGAUUAUUGAUUUUGGGACAGCUAAGUAAAUUGCUGAUUCAAACAAAUUGUCCCAAAGGAUAGGAACUCCAUAUUAUAUCGCUCCUGAAGUAAUUAAUAAGCGAUACGAUUAAAAAUGCGAUGUGUGGUCUUGCGGCGUUAUCUUAUUCAUUAUGCUUUGUGGUUAUCCCCCUUUUAAUGGAUAAAAUUAAUAAGAAUUAUAUUAAAGAAUAUAAAGUGGCAUUUUUUCAUUUGAUGAACCUGAAUGGGAAGACAUUUCUGAAGAUGCUAAAAACUUAAUUAAGAAAAUGUUGGUAACUGAUCCUGAAUAAAGAAUCUCUGCAUCUGAAGCAUUGCGUCAUGAUUGGAUGCUUAUAAAUCAAAAAGGCAAGAAAAUAAACUCAAAAUCCUUGGAAAAACUAUCUAAAUUUCAUAGUUAAAGUAAGUUGAAAGCAGCAAUAAUGUAACUCAUCUCAACUUAAGUUAUGUCUAAUCACGAAAAAAAGAAAAUUUAAACUUAAUUUAAAAAAAUAGAUGUUAAUAAAGAUGGUACAUUGAGUCGAGAAGAGCUUCUAAAGUGCUAUAGAGAAAUUUAUGAGGAUGAAGUGAAAUGUCAAGAAAUUGUCGAAAAUUUAUUUUAAUAAGCUGAUGUAAAUGGAUCGAAUCAAAUUGAUUACACUGAAUUCAUUGUUGCCUUUGCAAAAAAAGAACAAUUGACAGCUUAGAAUAAAUUAGAAAAAGCAUUUAGACUUUUCGAUAAGGAUGGAAAUGGAUAAAUCAGUAAAUAAGAGUUAUAAGAAAUAAUGGGGGGAGCUCAAUUAAGCGAGGGUGAAUGGAACAAUGUUUUUAAUGAAUUAGAUCUAAAUGGAGACGGAGUUGUAAACUUUUAAGAAUUUACAGAUAUGCUAAUUAGAAACGCUAAUGAAUAAGAUUGA